AUGGAGGUGGCAAGAACUAUACUGUUGGCGGCCCUAGCUUGUUCAACAGUUCAGGGCCAGUAUUAUGCAUCUCCAUACUCAUCACUUCUCGUCGGGUCGUCAUCAUACCCAUGUGGCUGUUGUCCUUCACCACCGAUAGCCCUCACAGCGCCACCCUCGCCACCUAUAUAUGUAUCUCUCCCUUCACCUCCUCCUAUGUAUGUUACUCCACCUCCUUUACCCCCAUUAUUCAUAGAAGUGCCGUUACCCCCUCCUAUUACUGUCACACCCCCGGCAUUACCCCCAUUAUGUAUUACUCCUCCACCAUUACCCCCUAUAACUUUUACGCCACCACCAUCGCCACCACUUUGUGUAAACCCACCACCGCUACCACCGAUGUGCGUGACACCACCACCACCACCUCCAAUGUACGUUAAUCCACCCACUCCUCCACCAAUUUUAAUUGAACUUCCACUUCCUCCCCCAAUAAUGAUUGAACUUCCUCCGAUUAUGGUGCAACCGCCGCCAUUGCCACCUGUGAUGGUUCAGCCGCCACCGCUGCCGCCUAUGCCAGUACAACCCCCGCCGUCCCCUCCACUAAUGAUUCAACCACCCCCACCGCCCCCAAUGUACAUUCAACCGCCACCACCGUGUCCUAUGACAAUCCAGCCUCCGUGCCCCGAGCCGAUCUACGUGCAACCGCCAGCUCCAGCACCAAUAAGCAUCCAGCCUCCCCCAUUGCCUCCUAUCUGCGUGCAGCCGCCUCCUCCGCCGCCGCUCUGCAUUCAACCUCCUCCACCAGAGCCGUUCUGCCUCCAACCCCCGCCUCCGCCACCUAUUUGUUUCUCCCCAACUUGUUGCUCGUCAGCUCCUACAUGUGGAUGCGGGUUUCCCGCGACAGCGCUAGCUGCGCCAAUAUACUUG